GGACCCGCUGAAAAAAUAGCUGGGAAGUUGACAGGUAACCGGUUGUGUGACGACUGUGAGACUGAGGGCGUGGCAACAUUAAACUCAGGCUUUAAAUUCAUUUUCAAAUUGAUCUGCUGAAAAACAGAAUAAAAAACAUAACGAGGAAAAAUAAGAUUAUAGGAUCCCAGUGCGUGCGUUUCUCCAUCCUUUGAUUUGUAUACACUAAGUAAUCAGUGGAGCUCCUUCGAAGUUGUUGCACUUUGAGCCAGACAUGAUCAUGGUCCUCCUGACGUCCUCCUCUGGUUUCUUUCAGUGCACCAAAAAACUCUUUCUGAGCGAUCGGGCCACAGAACUUCAGAUCAAGGAGUUUGCGCGUAAAAAUGCAGCUAAUGCACUGUCAGUUGCCAACAUGGUCAUGGGCAUGGCCUCGAUUCUCAGCAGCCUUAAUGGGCACCAUCACGCUGCGUGUUGGCUCGUUCUGAUUGGCUACCUCCUGGAUUUGGCAGAUGGAGCAGUUGCCAGGCAACUCAAUGCAUGCUCUGCACUGGGUGCAAAGCUAGACGAUUUUGCUGACUUCACGACCUUUGGGAUUGCGACGUCGUUGCUCCUGAGAACAUCUGAUCUGCUCGAUAACAUCCUGUGCAUGUGUUACGUCCUGUCUGUCUUUGUCCGCCUCUGUUUCUUCUCCAGUGGGAUCCCUUUCAUGUAUCGUGGUCUGCCCUGUAUUUACUCGUCGGCCAUCCUGGCCAGUGCCUCUUUGCUGUCAGGGGGAAGCAUGGCAUUGCUCCGAGUCAUUGCAGUUGCCAUGAUCCUCUUCAUGAUCAGCCAGAACUUUUACCCUCACGACAGAGUGCUGGAGUCGCAGGCCUGGAAGAAAGUAGUCUACGCUGGAGGAAUCAUCAUGUUGUUCUGCUCUUCCUUCCCUCCUGCGUGUAUGUACUACCUGCUGUGGUCUGUCUCCUACAUUUUGUUCCCAACAUCGCUAUGGAGCAGUAAAGUGUAAAAGGGAUGCUGGCACGCUUAAAAACACUCCCAAACAGGUUUACCUCAGCCCGUCCAGGUGAACCAAGGCUUACAGAUUGCUGCUGCGCCUUACUGCCGUGGAGCAUUCAAGCUAAUUCAUGCAUCACAUGCAUACACUCUGCUUAUUGUUUUGUUUUGUUGUUUUUUUUGAGAUGACACCUCUGGGGGAACCUAAAAUCAGUCAGAAUGAUGAACAAGGCAUUUUAUGUUACUGGUGAGGAUUAACCUUCAUCCUGUCAUCUAUUAAACCCCCUUCUUCAGUAUUAAUCCAAUCUUGGUCAGUAUUGGGAGCACAUGGCAGCAGGCACUUCUACAGUACGAUUCUAAAUAUUAUUUUUAAAAAUAUAUAUAUUUCCAAUAUUUUCUUACUUCUAACUUGUUGUGGUUUAUCGCAAAUGACUUAAUAAUAUUUAUUUCAUAGUGUUGAGUGUAGUUAAAGAAAUGGCUACUGAAACAGUAACAAUUAUGUAGGUAUGUGCUCUAAUCCAUGAAUCAAAAGUAAUAUCUCAUUGAGAUUCAGAAUUUCAUGCCCUCUCUGUAUCUGUACUUUAUAACAGAGUCAUUUUAAUUCAUCCAGUACUAAGACCCAUUUUGAGUAAAAUUAUAUUUUUUGACGUUUGUUUUUGGAUUGAGAUCAUUACCAUUUAUGGGGAGGUCUUAAAUCCAGUGAUUAGGGAAAAUAUAAUACUUUAAUAUGAUUGUAGUGUCCUUCACAAUUUUGAUUUGCUGUUUGAAUAUUUGUUUUAAAUAACUUAAAAUGAAACUGACCAGAACUCUUGUAAGUUAGAGGCUUUUAUUUAAGCUUCAAGACUAUAUGAUGCGAUAGAUUCCCGUAUUUCAUCAAUGUGUGAUUAUUUUUUUUAUUGGGUUAUUAUAUGCAUUUGCCUCUGUUUUAAGAGGCAUUAUGGUUUAAAUAGUAAGUAAAUCCACACUGGACUGUAAUGGUGAUGAAUUAGUGAUGUCACAGCAGGUGUCUUUAGAACAUCUUACGUGGCAUAAGGACUCAAGGUGAAAUACUAAAUCCCCAGCAGUUUUCUGCCUCAUGUAGUGUGAAUUUACCCUUAGAGAGGCUUCUAAACCUUUCCUGCCAUCUAGUGGGUAAAAUUGCUGCACGUUCUGCUUCAACUUAAAGGCAAGAUAAUGUCAGAGUCAGCGCUGAGUUUGAUCACAAGCAUAGUGCAGCAGACUUUAAACCCAAAGAGGCUGGUGGAGGAAAUAAUGUGUGUGAUGGUAUUGGCCAGUAUAUAUCUGAUCUGAGACAAAUCACUUGUUUUGUAGAUCAGUCUUAUUUAGUAAGGAUGCAUUUUUGAAAUCUCUCAUUGUGUUUCACAGUGGGUGUUAGUGCCUCUCUGGAUUGUGAGUAACAAAUGAUUAUGAUUGUUAGGUUUUUCUCUGUAUGUAUUAUUGUAAGGAAACCUUACAAUAUAAAGGCGACUGUUGUUGUGAUUUGGCGAUGUAUAAAUAAAAUUGAAUUGAAAUGAGAAGAUUAUAUAGUUUUGUACCAAUUUGUUCAGAAGCCCGAUGAAAUGUGAGCACAGAGUAACAGUUGAAUGUGUCUGUUUUCAGGCACUUGUGUAAAUUAUGAUUUGUUGUCCGCUCUUUAAAAAACCAUCAUCCUUGAGCUCACACUCAGAGGUGUCAAAGUAGGGUAUGAAAUCACUCGCAGUUUAGGUUCAGUGAUUUUAGUUACUUUAAUUAGUCUUCUGUAAGCCACAGCGUUUUGGAACUCAAGUUAUCCAUAUUAUUCUGCCUUAAAGAGCUAUUUGAAGCAAUGAUAAUCAAGUGGAGCACAAUUUUACAAUACAAGACCUUUGUUAAGAAAUAAAAAAACAGAAACAAAUGUAAUGUCUUCUGAUUCAGUUAUGAUUUAAAAUCACUGUAGUUCAUUCUCGACAUGGUUUACGAUAACCAGUGUUGUGAUUAAAAUCGACA